AUGAGUGGUCAGGACCUGGUCACUUUGAAUGUGGGAGGGAAGAUAUUCACAACAAGGCUCUCCACCCUCAAGCAGUUCCCUGCCUCUCGGUUGGCAGGCAUGUUAGAUGGCAGAGACCAAGAGUUCAAGAUAGUUGAUGGCCAAAUUUUUGUGGAUAGAGAUGGUGUUUUAUUUAGUUUCAUUUUAGAUUUUUUGAGAAAUCAUGAGCUUCUGUUACCCUCGGACUUUUCAGACCACCACAGGCUUCAGAGAGAGGCUCUUUUCUAUGAACUCGAUUCUCUUGUUGAUCUCUUAAGCCAAUACCUGCUCCAAUCAAGACCUGCUGUCAUGGAGGUGCAGUUCUUAACCCGAAAUACUCAAGCCUUCUUCAGAGUGUUUGGCUCUUGCAGCAAAACAAUCGAGAUGCUAAGCAGGAGGAUUACGAUGUUUGUAGAACGGCCUAUGGCACUGGCCAGGAACAGUGACUCCUCGCUGGCUUUACCUCCACAAAGACCUUCUCACCAUGACCUGCUUUUCCACUGUGGCUCUGCUGGCACGGCUGAGAACCACGCUGGAGUCAGGUACGUUUCCAUAAAGCCUGAUAAUCGGAAAUUGGCCAAUGGAACAAAUGUCUUGGGCCUACUGGUCGACACUUUAUUAAAGGAAGGCUUUCGUCUGGUCAGCACUAGAACACCGGCCUCUGGAGACAAAAGUGAAUGCUAUGUCUUUGAAAGGAUAAAAAGCCCUCAAGUCCUUGGGUGAAUAAAACACCCAAAUCAGAAACUACCACGAUGCCACCGCCAUCUCAGAAAUGA